AUGGCGAACAGUGGCAUGUCUGCAGGCCCUCAAAAGGUCACUGUUGCCAACGCGGCAUCUACCGGCUCAACGGCCCCGAGCGUAGACCUUGUUGUCAACGCUCCUGCGGCUGUUCGUGAGGCUAUCAAGAUCAACAUGAUGGGGAAGCCUGUUUUGUGGAACUAUAUGACAGAAGCUCCCACUGUCCGUGAGCUGAGCGAGGCAGAAAAAGAGGGUCUCAGUGCCCUGCCUCCUCCCUGCCCUGCAGACAAGCGUCCCUGGAUCCGUGCCUGGCAUCCGAACCAACCACUACGGGUUGGAUCGAACGGCGAGGUGGUUGACGAAGAGUUCGUACAUAUGAUCUGUUAA